GGCAAGGCACUGACGCACAUUUCUUCUCCAUGACACGCGGGCCCGAAGCCGAUCCAGCUUACGGCCGGAUCCGCCCACAACGAAGCACGCAGGCAGCUUCGUCCCGUGUCCGUCGCGUCGCGCAACAAAACCAGCGGGAGGAGAAAAACAUUAGUAGAACGAACGAGGAGAGGCCUUGUUGAUUGGAAAUCGACCAUCCAAAUCCGAGCCCUAAUCCUUCGCAUUUCCUGGAGCGCUAUCUUCAUCUGUCCGCGUCGCGCGGGAGAUGAUGGGGGCGGCGGACAAGGCCGAGCUAGGGUUCGAGGAGGAGGAUGAUAUGGCGGCCGGCACGCCGCCGCCGGCCAGGAAGAUGCAGUCGCUCGAUUUCGAGCACAUCGGCUCGCUCGCGGCGGUGGCGGAGUCGCUCUCGCCCCGGAGCAAGUGGCGGAUGACGCUCAGGAGCAUACGCAUCGUCAUCUUCCAGGCCAAGAUCAAUGUGCUCCUGCCCUUCGGGCCCCUCGCCAUCACGCUUCACUACCUCUCCGGGAACCACCAAGGAUGGGUUUUCCUUUUCAGCUUAGUUGGUAUCACGCCCUUGGCCGAGAGAUUGGGAUAUGCAACUGAGCAACUUGCUUGCUACACUGGCCCAACAAUUGGGGGGCUUCUAAAUGCUACUUUUGGAAAUGCGACAGAGAUGAUUAUCUCGAUAUAUGCUCUCAAAAACGGAAUGAUUCGUGUCGUACAGCAGUCACUACUAGGCUCUAUAUUAUCAAACAUGCUGUUAGUUCUUGGGUGUGCUUUCUUUGCUGGUGGGCUUGCUCAUCCUAAUAGAGAUCAGGUCUUCAAUAAGGCAUCAGCUGUUGUGAACUCUGGGUUGUUGUUGAUGGCUGUCUUGGGUCUAAUGUUUCCAGCGGUGCUUCACUUUACACAUUCUGAAGCGCACUAUGGAAAAUCCGAAGUUUCUCUUUCAAGGUUUAGUAGCUGCAUAAUGCUUGUGGCUUAUGCUAGCUAUCUUUUUUUUCAACUCAAGAGCCAGCGCAGUCUGUACAGCCCAAUUGGCGAAGAAGAAGAAAGCACUGAGGAUGAGGAGGAUGAAAAGGAGAUAGCACAGGGGGAAGCCAUCUCCUGGCUUUUUGUAUUGACUAUUUGGAUUUCAAUUCUCUCUGGGUACCUGGUAGAUGCCAUACAGGGGGCCUCUGAAUCAUUAAACAUGCCACUGGCCUUUAUUAGUGUUAUUCUGCUUCCUAUCGUGGGGAAUGCUGCUGAGCAUGCAAGCGCCAUUAUGUUUGCCAUGAAAAACAAACUUGACAUUACAUUGGGUGUUGCCAUAGGGUCGUCAACACAGAUAUCUAUGUUUGUGAUUCCAUUCUGUGUGGUAAUUGGCUGGAUGAUGGGGGAAGAGAUGGACUUGAACUUUCAAUUGUUUGAGACAGCAACUCUUUUUAUAACAGUACUUGUGGUGGCAUUUAUGCUACAGGAAGGCACGUCGAACUAUUUUAAAGGCUUUAUGCUCAUAUUAUGCUAUCUCAUAGUUGCCGCAAGCUUUUUUGUGCACGUUGAUCCCAAAUCAACAGGUGACAACAAAUGACAAGUUCCCAACAGAACUGUGAAGUGAUAGGGAAGGCUACUAUCAGAAUUGCAGAUUUAGCACCCGUGGAUUCCUGAGUUUGAAGAACUUGCUGGUAGCAGCAUCCCACAUUAAGGCUUUAAGUUUCAGUUUGAAAUCACAAGACGCUGAUGCGGCUGUUUUAAGAUAGCAACGACAUCACCCUUCGAGAAACUUUAACUAUAUGGAAUAGCGCACGAGGACCACUAGUCUGUAUUUGCUGUAAGCUACACCUGGUUGCAGUUUUGAUGAUGUUGUUACAGUUUGCCAAGGAACUGACUACACUCUGCAGUCCAAGGGACACUGGUAGUUAUGUAAUUGUUCUAUCACGGGAUAUAAUAUCGAAUGGAUUUGUUAUGUCA